AUGACUAACCUUCGGGUCUUGAGCGGUGCGACAGGCCACGACCGGCGUUUUCUGAGCACUAGGGCCACGCUCAUGGAACCGCUGGCCUGCGUGGUCAUGGCUGGCGCGGAAGUUCGUUUGACGGCCCACGGGCAGCCGCCCUCCCACAGGUGCUGUUGCUGUUGGACGUCCCGCGGGUGCGGCCCCUGUUCGCUGAGGGCCCGGCGACCGCGGCCACCGGACAGUAUCUCCCGGCCGAUCUGCUCCACGUCCAGCUUGUACGCGCACACGACGGCGGCGGCACAGCCGUCCACCGGUGCAUCGGCCGUGACCGUUUCCGUCUCCGCCUCCGUGUUGCCUGACGACGCCCGGUCAGCACUGCAUGACAGGCCGCGGUCGUCGAGUGCAUCGAUCGGUAUGAACAAGCCGCGGUACACCUCCCUUCAACCACCGACCGACCUAUUGACGCCGCUCGGUAACGUGGUCGUUGCGUUGGACCUGUACAAUAUUCGCGAUCGCGGAUGUGUUGUGGGGGCGGUAUGCCGGUAUGAACAAUACUGA